AUGGCUUAUAGAGCUACAAUUGGGCCCCUCGUGCCUGUGACCGGCACCUUCGCACUUCCGUUCUCUGCGUAUUUCACGUUCUUGAGCCUCCGCGUCGUCGGCCAUCGUCUCAAGGAAAAGAAAUACUUGGGUGAUAACGCUUCCAAGAAUGCCGACCCUACCGACAAGCUCUACUUGGCAACCCGUUGCCACGUAAACUUCCUCGAGAAUGCCCCACUCGGUCUCAUGCUUGCAGCGUUUGCUGAGCUGAACGGAGGAAGCCGGAAAGUGAUUACUGCAGCUCUCAGCGCCUUCUUGGCUUUCCGAAUCAUUCACGCGGAGCUGGGUCUUAUCACUGGGAUGGGUAUUGGACGACCCGUUGGCUACUAUGGCUCUAUGGUCACAAUUGGAGGCCUGGCUGGGUAUGCUGCAUACCUCGUGAAGGAAUAUUGGGGCUUGUAA